AUGAGCUCUGAUAUCCAGGCAGAGAUGCCUCCUUCAUCACUAGCAAAGGCCAUCCAAUUCGGCCCCUUCACUGUAACCUCCCAAGUCUUCUACAAAACACCUCUAUCCUUCUGCCUCGUAAACCUCAAACCCUUAUUGCCAGGCCAUAUUCUGGUCUGCCCUUUGCGUCGCGUCCAACACAUCGAUCAACUCAGCGCCCACGAAGUCACUGAUCUGUUCAGUACAGUGCAAUUGGCGUCGCGGACACUGAAGCGCGUUUACAAUGCCUCGGCAUGCAACAUAGCGAUACAAGAUGGCGAGGCUGCAGGACAGAGCGUGCCGCAUGUGCAUGCGCAUCUGAUCCCCAGAAGCGACGGUGACAUGGAUGCGCAAGGUGGUGGUGACAAGAUCUACGAACAGCUGGAAGGUGACGAGGGAGAUGUGGGUAAACAUCAGAGGGAAGAGGAGGGUGUGAGGAAAGGCAAGUUCCCCAAGGUCGAGGAUGACAAGAGGAAGCCUAGAAGCAUGGAAGAGAUGGAGAAAGAGGCUCGCUGGCUAGCAGAGGAGAUUCAGAAGGACGCCCAGAAGUUCUCGAAUGAGUCUUCAUUAUAG